CUCGUCUACGCCCGCAGGAAUAAAAGGAAAAUCAUGCGAAUAUUUACACUGCCUCCUGCAGCAGAGAUGCCAACAGAGCCAAACUUUUACGACAGCAUGAAAAAAAUCCGCUUAAGGCAGCAGUUAGAGAUGUAUUCUAUAGCAAGAAAGUAUGACCAGCAGCAACCACAGAAACAGACUGACAGUGUACAGCUCUCAGUGGAAUGAAGUUUGAGAUGACAAGAACUCAAGCAGUAUUGACAGUAGAGUCAGUAAAGAGUAAUUUUCAAAUCAGAACUAGGCAAGUUUUAUUGAAUCCAUCCUCUCUAAUGGUCAUUCAUUGGGAAGGCAGGCAGCACCUCUGUGCUUGGAAAUCAUUGCUUAUUUUUCCUCACCUGAGCAUCACUGACUCCUUCUGACAGGGAACACAGUUGUAGCAGAACACUUGCAAUCAAUGCAGUUGUGCUGCUGGGGUCACAGAGUACACCUGAGGUUGAACAGCUCUUGAGAGCUGGAGACAACAUAAUUGGAGAAAAGAUUUGGAUCUCCAGUUGUUCGUGGCAAGCAUUAAAUACAGUAUUGUAUCUUUGAUGUUGAAGCCUUAGUGAGAUCUAAGAAAAGAUCUUGAACACAAUAGUUGGGUGUCCAAAAGAUGCUGUACUAGAAUGUUGUAGAAAAGAUGAUAAUUUAAUGUGAUGAAUUUCAUAUUUAAGGAGUUUUACUAAAAAAUCUGUGAACAUUUAGAUAAUAGAACCACCAGCAAUCAAAAUAUGGUGUGCCCGUAGUGGGUGCCAAACUUGCUAGCACUUUUGAUUAAUUGCAAAACCAGUGAAUGAGUGGAAUGCAGUAGAGAUGAACCCUUCAUUCUUGGUAAAGCAUUUGAAUGACAAGAAAUAUUACUUGAAAAUAUCCAUUAGCGUGGCUGCACAUAAUGUUACGGAAGUUCAGCUGGCGGAAAGAUUAUGAACUAAUGAUAAAUAACAAUUUAUAGAGUUGAGAGCAGAUGUCUAGAAUAUCUAAUUAUCACUUAUCUUUCAUUGUUCUUGGAGAGAAGGCAAACAACAUCUUACUUCACAAAACUCAAUUUAGAAUUGAAUAUGAUUUUCAUGUUUUAAAAUUUAACUGAGUUUAACAAACUGAGUUGGCAGUGACCUCUCUAUGUCCCUUGAACUGUUGUCCUGCGUUUUGUCUCAUAUGCUAAGUUUCUCUGUAUAGCAGUGCAUCUUGGGCCCAGAUGCUGUGCUAAGCACAGUAGGAGACCACAAGCCAAGUUGGUUGUAGCUUCCAGAUUCUCAGGUGAGCUCUGCUAUUCUGGACUAAAUUAGAUCAGUUGAGGGUUUGUUCUAAACUCUUAUCAGCUGGUAAACUCCAGGAAGUAGUCUACUGGAGUAUAAUAGCACAUGAUAGAGAAGCUUGUUAAACCAGUCUGCCAGGCAAAGAGGAUGCAUUCUUUGCCAGGGACAGUUCUCAGAUGGCAGAGUCUGUCAGCUUUUAGUCCAAAUGUUCCAUAGGAUCAAGCCAGAAAAUGUAGUACUUUAAAGACGAGUGCCAUAUGGUAUAGUUGUAAAAAUUAAAGUACGUAAAGGUAGAAAAUAAUAUAAAGUGGCUAAGAAAUACAAGGAGAAAAUAUUUUGUGAGGAAAAAUGCAUCCUAGUACAAGUGAAGAAUAAGAAUAUGUAGAGGCGGUAGAAGAAAGCUGUUAAGCAGUAAUGCUGAGAGAUCCAAGUAUGAUAGCAACAUACAUCCAAACUUUUUUUUUUUAGUGUAGUACAGAAAUAGAAGUAGAAAAACUAGUAGGUUUAGAUAUCUGAGAAUUGCACAGAUGAAAAUGACCUAGUCUGGUCUAAAUUUGUACUUGAAAGAGCCACCACCUGAGAUUAGCAUCACUUUCUUUGGAAGACCCUUCCAUAAUAAUCUCAUGUUGGGGAGCAUUUCUUGAAGGGCUUCUUUUUCCACCCUUGCUUACGUUUCCUGGUAUUAAAUUAUGCCAGGGCAUCUGAAAUGUUUUUCUUUGGUAUUGAAUCAUAAAAUAAAUAGUACAUUAAAACUG